GCACACAGGCAGGCGCGCUCUCGUACCGCUCUCAUCUGGACCGUGCGCCUCCAGCUGGCUCAGCGCGAGAUGAUUCACCCCGAAUGUCCCGACAGAGUGUCAUCUGUGGAGGUUUAUCGCGGUGUGUCGUGAAGAAUCUGAUGUUUCGUUUCCUGUGAGAGCGAGCGAUAGACACAGAGAUGUCUGGGAGCGGUGGGCAGCUCAGCGUGAGAAAGUGGACCCCUAAGCACGUGGGCCGCUGGCUGCGCGAGGAGGGCUUCUGCGAUUACGUGGACCUGCUGUGUAACAAUCACCGUCUUGAUGGAACCAGCCUGCUGACGCUGAGCGAGUAUGACCUGCGCUCUCCUCCGCUGGAGCUCAAGGUGCUGGGCGACAUCAAGCGGCUGAUGGUUUCUCUCCGCAAGCUGCAGAAACAAAACCCCGAUGUGCUUGAAGAACUCGGGCUGUCUUAUGACGGACACUCGCCUCAGAACAGCGCAGGUGCACAAGAUUGGUUGUGUAACGGUGACUCCACGCGUGACUGUGACGCUGUGCUGGACACUCUGAGCGGCGACCAUCAUCCCCAGUACAACAAUGGCAAGUACAAGCAGCAGACGCGUCGACUGGACCCGGAGUACUGGAAGACCAUCAUCAGCUCUGUGUACGUGGUCUUUGUCUUCGGCUUCACUUCAUUUGUCAUGGUGAUCGUGCACGAGCGAGUGCCGGACAUGAGGACGUACCCCCCGCUGCCCGACAUCUUUCUGGACAGUGUACCCAGAAUCCCUUGGGCUUUUUCGAUGGCAGAGGCCUGUGGUGUGCUCUUGUGCUCUAUUUGGCUGCUAGUGUUGCUUCUUCAUAAACACAGGUCAAUUCUGUUGAGACGGUUGUGUAAUCUCAUGGGGACGGUCUUUAUGCUGCGGUGUAUUACCAUGUUCGUGACAUCUCUGUCUGUGCCGGGUCAACACCUGCAAUGCACUGGAAAGAUAUACGGAGGCAUGUGGGCCAAGCUUCAGCGUGCGGUGGCCAUUUGGAGCGGGUUCGGGAUGACCCUCACAGGAGUCCAUACGUGUGGAGAUUACAUGUUCAGCGGACACACUGUCGUUAUUACCAUGCUCAACUUCUUUGUCACUGAAUACACGCCGCGCAGCUGGAACUUCAUACACACGUUGUCAUGGGUUCUGAACCUGUUCGGGAUCUUCUUCAUCCUGGCGGCUCAUGAGCAUUAUUCCAUCGAUGUCUUCAUCGCGUUCUACAUCACCACCAGACUCUUCCUGUAUUACCACACGCUGGCCAACACGCGGGCGUACCAGCAGAGCCGCCGCGCUCGAAUCUGGUUCCCCAUGUUCUCCUUCUUUGAGUGCAACGUAAAUGGUCCGGUUCCCAACGAAUACUGCUGGCCCUUCACUCGACCUGCAAUCCUCAAGAGACUCGUCCGCUAAAACACACACACACGUUUGUACUGAUGAUUCUGAACAAACCGAAUCAGAUUCUGUGUUGCCAUGAUAGACACCACAGAUGCGUCUUACCCCUGACACCCACACACACACUAGACAUUUGAACGGUCAUUGUGGUUCUUCUAGGAGGACUGGAACAUAAAUUCUGACUGUGAAUAUUUUCCUCAAGGAAUCAGACUUAUAAUCACAAGAUUGAAUUUCUUUGUAAAGAUUUGUUAUGCAUUGCCCAACACUAAAAGCAUUUAACUGGAAUUACAGUCUUUUUUCAGUUUAAAUUAGGGUUCUUUUGGAGUGCUGCAGUGGACACUUUUAGAUGUCUUAAAAUCCUUUGAAUGACAGUUUUGGCAGUAUUAUUUAAGAUUCUCGUUGUGGUAAAUUCCUCACGUCCUUCAAACACGUUUCAACUUUAAUAAGAGUUUCAAUCUUUGAAGCAAUAGGACACAGCCUUUUGUUCACGGUUUUACCUGAACGAUCAUUGCGUAGGCUUUUGUUUUAUCGCUAUUAUUGUUGUGCGUCAGAUGUCUGCAUUGCUUCAUUGUGCAGAUGAUGUUCUGGCAGUAUUUUUAUUAGUGUGGAAUGAAAGAAUGAUGCACUAAUAGUGUGUUUGAGACUCUGAAUUUGGGUAAACGUCAAAGAAAAUCAAAAGAAAACAAUAAUAAAUGCUAUUUUGGGAUUGGUCUGUUUAGGAAUUUUUAAGUUGCAUUGGAAUGUAUUAUUUUCAUGACAAUUUAGUUUACACAGAUCAGUCUCACUCUCACUUGAUUAUUUUUGUAAAUAUUCUCAAAGGUGAUUCACUUUAAAUUUUCAUCGUUAUACAGUCUACUUAAUAUUUAAAUGCACAUAAAUUGUGGAAGGACAACAAUAACAUCCGUUGUGUAAACAUUUCUAAUCCAAUUUCUUAAUUUUAUUGUUUUUUGUUUUACAUAAUAGGGUUGAGACUUUCCAAGGAACAUGUCUAAAAUGAAAUUGUCUUGAAGAGUAACCAUGCAAAAAAAUCUUUAAGGUCUUAAAAUAUGCUGUUUAAAUGUUUUAUGUUUGUUCAUUUAGCAAAAACACUGAAAUGCCAAAACAUUAGAUUGACAUUUUUAACUGCUUUAUUCCAUCUGCCAAAUGCUGCGGUAUAUUUACACAUUUGUUUGUAUUAAAUAUGUCAGAAUUGUUGUCAGAUUUAUGGUAUGGGAUGGUCAGAAGGGUCAUAGUUAUCUUGUGAAUGUUUACAGAAAUGUGAUUAUUGCAAGCAGGGCGAGGUGCUCUUGUGCUUUUGUUGUCUUAAAAUAUUAUUGUGUGGUGUAAUGGGUGUUUUCAUUAGAAACAGGGCUAGUUUUGAUGAGUUAUUGUGUAAUAAUACCAAGUUAGUAUAUUUACUUUAUAGAUCUCUCUAUGCACAGAGAAUGAAGAGUUGGACCUCAUGGUAGUUUUUUACGGCAAUGUACAUACUGUAUGAGAGAUUUAAAACUGUUGGUUGGUAAAUGGUAUUAUGUACUGUGUACAAUACAAAUGUUUUAUCUUUGACGUUUCCCUUCUUGUCCAGUGUGUAAUCCUGAAUUUGAAAGCAUCUUAACAAUUAAUUUCUUUAGUAGUUUGGGGAUGUUAAAUAGACUCUUUAUUUUGACUCGCCAAAUAAUUGUGAUAAACUUAAUGUCAAAUGGUUCAAACACUAAUCAUGCUACACAAUAAAAUCUCAUCAUUUGAAAGUUCA